AUGAUAUGUUCCAGCCCAGAUGAUUUCGCUAAGCAUUUGCACAAAAAACGGACCAUCUAUGCUGGGAUUGACCCAACAGCAAAGUCAUUGCAUGCGGGUCACCUCAUCCCACUUCUCUGUCUCUUCCAUUUCCGCAUCAGAGGGCAUAACACGCUAGCACUCAUAGGUGGAGCAACAGGGCUUGUUGGAGAUCCCUCUGGCCGUAUGAUGGAACGCUCACUUUCGGAAAAAGCUCAAAUUCAAUCCAACACCACCAAACUCACGGAAUCCAUUCAGCAGUUUUUCUCUCGCGCGACAGAGUAUGCCCUCGAUAAGGUUCCCUCCCUGACAACCUCUGCCCAACUACAGGUCGUCAAUAACUUAGACUGGCUAAAGGAAUUGAAUCUUCUUGAUUUCUUGCGGAGUACCGGCAUUCAUUUUCGCGUGAAUCAUAUGCUGGCAAGGGAUAGCGUAAAAAUGCGAAUGAGUGCAAACAAUGGCAUCACGUUCACCGAAUUCACCUACCAGCUUCUCCAAGGUUAUGACUUCUAUGAACUUUUUCGCACAAAAGGGUGCACUAUUCAAGUAGGUGGAUCAGACCAAUGGGGGAACAUCAUUUCCGGCAUCGACCUCAUAAACAAAGCCGAGGGAGAUUCUGCCGGACACAACGAGAAAGGCUUCGCAUUGACCACGCCAUUGCUAACGACCUCACAAGGAGAGAAGUUUGGGAAGAGUGCGGGAAACGCUGUAUGGCUUGAUGAAAAACUCACAAGCUACCUAGACUUCUAUCAGUUCUUCCUUCGUACAACGGACGCUGAUGUUGAGAAGUAUCUCAAGAUGUUUACUCUGCUUCCUGUCGAAGAAAUAAACGCUGUCGUGCGAGAACAUGAAGUUCAGCCUGAACGCCGAUUGGCACAGAAGCUUCUUGCCGAAGAAGUAACACAGAUGAUACACCGAAAGGAAGGCUUAGAGGCUGCACGAGUAGCGACAAACGUCCUUUUUGGAACAGACUACUCAACUUUACACGCGAAAGAUAUCGUAAAAUCUCUCGCCAAUGACCCACGGUUAGUUCUCUGCACAGAGGACCAGUUGCUUGGCAUAACGCUCCCAAACGUUGCUGCCAACUUCGGACUUACCACCUCAAAGUCGGCAGCACGACAACUUGCCCUCGGGAACGGUUUGUAUCUGAACAGUGUACCUCAGCCAGACGUACACUUCAAGCUUGAGAGGAGUCACCUGAUAAAUGGACAGGUGGCAAUUUUACGUGCUGGAAAGGACAAGCAUUUGAUCCUGGCACUGCGCUGA